CAAGUGGCAACUUGAGGUAGUACUAGUAGACGCUUGAAAGAUAAAUUCAGGUAAUACGACUGCUGGCAUACUUUGACGGUUCUUUGUUUCCUAGAAACAAUAUGUCGGUUCUUCAGGCGUACUCUUCCCUGUCAUCGAGUUCUCCAAGAGCUACGAUAUCACACACACUUCAAUUAAUCGCUGGUGCUCCGCCUAUUGAUCCUCCUUCCUGUAAAGCACUCAUUCAGCUCAUAAUUGAUGAUCUCCAGGCUGUCAUUAUCGAUGGCUCGCCCAGCCGUUUAAUCAGAGACGACGCAUUUUCCGCUCUUUCUGCCGUCAAGGGACUUGGCAAAAUUCCCCACGGUGCCCAAGUUCUUGCAUUAGUUCCUAACCUCAAGUGUCUUAUGAUGCUUGCCAUAAAACUCGAAACUGCUCCUGAUGCAUCGAACGAAGCUUUGAAGUGCGUUGCCAACACAUUACUCCUCAGUGAACCUGCCCGCACCAGGUUACUGAGUCAAGAAAUUGAUGGAGGAAAUAUUUGUGUCGACCUGCUCCAGAAAUCUGCAACACCCGAGAGCACAUUUCUCUCCUCCAGGAUCCUCUUCCUUUGUACUGCAUCCUCCCAUCAAUCUUUUGCCUUCAUUGAAUCUAUCAUCGAGACAAAACGCACCCACUUUCCUGGAAAUGGAACAAUACUCGAUGUUAUUGCCUUUAAGUUGGAUGAUUUAAUUGCAUCCAUGAAAGCUGGAACAAAGAUGUCCCGCGAUGCCAUGACAGAUCUCCUGAAGCUCACAUUCAAUCUCCUCGUACACUAUCCCAAGCUGGUCCCCUCUGAGUUGCAAUCUCCCGGCAUAGUCUGCUCUCCUGUAGACCAAAAGGUAAUGGGAGAUUUCUGGAAUUCGCGGCUUGACGGCAUCCUACCUCCACUUGUUCGUGCCUUUCAGACCAUCCCGCUCUCCUCCCCAAAUCCCCUUACAUCGCCAUUGACCCACAUCAUCCACUCGCUAAUCACUAUCCCUGUCAACGCGUCAUCCCGAGCGCCCAGUCCCCCCGAGUCCACAACCUCUUCCCCGACUGGUUCAGGUCACGAUAACCAGUCAACGCCUAAGGAGCCAAAGGCCAGGCAUAUCGAACGCGCCAUAUCGUCUGUCAUUUCAGCCGGUCGCCGUUCGUUCUGCUGCUCUCCACGUUCGGACUCGCCUUCGACAGCUGACUGCGCUUCACGCGCUUUUGAACUCCUGGACAUGACCCUUACUCAUUUCCUUCCAGGUGAUAUCGAUCCAGAUGAUUCUGCAGUGCGAGAUCUGUGCAAGAUCGAUGGGGAUACGUCCCUGGAUGAAAUCCUGUGCCCGCUUGUUCUACUUAUCACACGAUUCUGUCUUGGUGACGACGAUGCCAAGACGAGAAUAAGACAGUGGUUAGUGCCUGAAAAUCUGGACAGGACGCAUCCUUUGGAGAAGAGAGCAGACCUUUUAGGUCGGUGUUUGAGACUCCUUGCAUCUGUUUACCACAGCAGGUUGAAAGAUGCUAUGGGAGAAAUGUUGUACGCAAUGUGUGAUUCAAACGCUUCAUCUCUCGCUGGUUAUUUCGGAUACGGCAAUGUUGCUGGUUUCCUUUAUCACAAAGGGGUUGUUAGUGCACCGCCUGUCAGUGCGGCCUCGGGUGCGCCACCAACUACUGCGUCAGGUUUACCCAUCAACCCCAUCACUGGCACCGUUGAGCACCCCUCGGAAACCGUCGACAUGACUGAUGAAGAGAAGGAACACGAGGCGGAGAAGUUGUUCGUAUUAUUUGAUCGACUGGAGAAGACUGGUGCGCUACCUCCGAGCCAGAAUCCCUAUCGCAAGGCGUUUCAAGAGGGUAAAAUGGGCUGAUCUCAGUCAGUCAGUGGAUACCAAAUUAUCAUGGACUUGCGAGUAGCUUACUUACUGAUACCAUCCCUUGUUUUUGUUCCCUUACCUUGAAUCCACA